AUGGACAAUGCGCGGCGCGCGGCGGGCGCUCCGCGCGUAGUCGCCACGUCGGACGACGAGGAGGCCGUGGGCGUCGUGAGUGAGGACGAGGUGCAGGCGAGCCGAAAGCGGCUGCACCGCUGGGGAACGCGCGCACGGAAACGGGGGAGAAGAGAGGCGCCAGGCGCGUCGCAAGGGUCGCUGGACACGUCAAAGGUGCCUCAGGACGCGUCGCAGGCGUCGCAGGUGUCGCAAGUGGCGCACGCACCGGCCACACCAGCGCCUCGUCCACCGCCCGCGACGCCGCCUGCCCUUGACCCUUUGCCGGCCCUCUCUCCUGGCCCAACGCACUACCCAUUGGAGCAACACACGUCACCACCGUCUGCAUCGAAUACCGCGCAGUCUACCGAUACCCCGUCUACAGGACCAUCGCGCCACGCGUCAAGCGGCCCGCUCCGUCCUACGCUUCCAGACACGCGUUCUCCUCCGCGCCGCAACCUGCGCCGGCGAAAGCUCGCACAGAUCCGGCCGUACACGGUCGAAGCGCUCCAGUACCGCCGCGAGCUCUAUCAAAACGACUGGCAAGAUGCCGUCGUGUCGCAGCGGGAAUGGCAGCGGCAUGCACUGCUCCGUGCCGAACUCCCAGAGACGCAGUCCAGUGCACCGGACGUUGCGUCGGAGGGCGAGCGCGAACGGUCGCCAUCGCUCACGGCCUCGCCACGCGUGCGACGCCCAUCGCCUCGGCGGCGCCCGACACCUACGUCGUCGCCCGAGCCCGAAGCGCCGCCCCGACGCGUACCGCCCCGCUCGCCGUCGCCUGCAUCGGAAGAUAGCACCGAUUACGAGCGCCGCUUCCGCGUAUUGAAGCGCAUGAUGCCGGCACACAUGGCGCGUGCGUGUAUUGACGAUCUACGCGCCAUGCGCCAUGGCCAUGCCGCUCCGUCCGAAAGCGAAAGCUCCGAAGACGAGCGCCCGGCACCGUCCAACUCGCCUCUGCGCCCUGGCGAGUCGCGGCGUAGGCGGGGCGCACAUAUUGACGCACAUGCACCUCUACUGAGCGACGUCGAGUCCAGUUCGGAUGGCUCAGAAGAAGAGCGUGCGCCGAGCCCAGUCCUGGAAAAUACGGAUGUACGCUGGUGGUGCCGGUCGCCACGCGCACGGUCGCCGCCGGCGCACGAAGAAGAUGCAGUGGACCGUAUGCUGGCACGCACAAGCGGCGCACGCGGAUUCGGGCAGCGCACUAACAAGAAAAAAGGCAGCGGCCGCGCCAAGAAAGCGUCAACCGAAUGGCUCUGGGGCAAUCCCAGUGGAAAAAAAGUACGGAGCGCACACGGCACGCCGAGAGCCGGCGCGCUAGGGACGCCUGGCGCACACGGCGCACGGCACGCACCGGAAUGGGCGCCGCGGAAUGGCUCGGCGCCGCGUCCGCCGAACACGCAGCAGCCAUCAAGCACGCCUCGGCCGUCGAGUACGCAGCGGCCGUCGAGUGUCCCUCGUCUGGGUGCCGGACCGCCCGGCGCUCUGCCCGACAGCGGCGCAGCGAGCUCGGACGACGAGCGUACCUCUGUCUUUUUGCUUCCCGGCCAGCCCGACCGGUUCCUCGGCGUGCCGACAACGCGUGGGGACUUGCGUGCGUUUGCGCGCCUUCCGUACACGCCAGGAGCGACACGGAACCUGCCUGGCGACGACGAGAUGCUCAUGCGCGUGCCGCUCGACACGCUGAGCACCCGUCCCAAGAGUGUGCCGCGCCAUGAGCUGACGGCGGCGCCAAGCAAAGGCGCGGUCCCUGCUACCCCCGCGCCUGCGCUCCCUGCCCUUCCGACUGCGUGGCAGCACGCGAUCCUCGAUACCCCCGAGCUGCAGACAGAGCUGCAAGAUCUCUUAUCGUUUGACCAGCUCGCCAAUGUGUCGCUCGACUUUGGCCUGCAUCCCCCGCCCCCAGGCGUCCGCUUUGCACCGCAUACCAACCUGGCGAAAGGCAAGCUGCAUGCGUUGCUGCGUGCGCGUGAGCGCGACGUGCGCCACGACGAGGCGCCGGUGUGCCACGUCUUUGGGCACACGCUGCGUGGAUGGCUCGGCAUGGCGGAGCUCGAGCAGGUCCUGCCUGCGCUUCUUGACCAAGCAUGGGAGGCGAUGGAAGAGGGCAGUAUACGUCCCCUCCGUGACCUCCUCGCUUUCUUGGGCGAGUGGAUCAGUUGGCAGAGCGCGCAGGCCGCGUCGAUCGACCUUGUGGACCUCGAUGGCCUUGCGCCCGACACGCCGAGUCCCGACCUGGCGUCGAUGGCCGCGCGCCUCUUUGCACUCGUAUAUACCCUGCUGGAGCGAGCGCCGAGCGAUGCGCGUGCACUACGUCUUGCGCUCCUCUGGUUCCGCGUGGAAGUCGUAUGGCGUACACACAAUGCCUGCGCAGCGUCUGACGUCGAUGUGCUCGAAGCCGCGCAGCCCCUUGUCGUCCAUCUCCUUGCCGACGGUGUGCACCGCUGCAUGAGCAAGCUGCGAGACGAGACGGUGGACGACGACGCGGCCGAGCUAUGGAUUUCGCUCAUGCACCUCUUGCACACGCUUGACACGCCUGACCGACCGCCUGCCUUUUACGACGUGCUCGAGGCGGCGCUCGACGACUGGCACGAAAGCGCGCCUGCGUCGCACAUUGUAUGGAGCGAGCGCGUGUGGUACGUGGUGCUGGCGAUGCAUAGCCUCGCCCACUUUGGCGCAGCGGCUGGCGUGGCACGGACGACGCCUGUCAUGAGCCCCACCUGGACGCUUGUGCAGCGUGCGCUAGCGCUCCGCCUGCGCUUUAGUGCCCCCGUCGAGUGUGCGGCGCCCCGCGCGCUGCUGCGCCGCCGUGACGCGUACAUCCGCAUCGUCGUAUGCCGCUGCCUCUUGCUGCACGAGCAGUAUGACUUUUCGCUCGUGGAUGCAGAGAGCGUACUCGGCCGCCUCUUUGACGUGUUUGAUCAGCACCGCCUUGCGGAUCUGCCGAGCGAGUCGGACCACGACUUUGCGCCGUUCCUGCGCCGCUACGAUAUCGGGCGCCUGUUGCAUGGGCCCCCGGAUGCCAAUGCGUACCACGUCUUCUUGCAGCUUCUCGGACGCGCCGGCGCGGCGCUCGCCGAGCGCGACGCACUCCAAGGGACACACCGAGCCGCGCGCCUAUUCUCACGCAUGACGCCUGUGCGUGUCAUGCCGUUCACCGAGGCGAAUGUGCCGAUGUCGGCAGAGCGUGCGAUGCUCUUUAAUCACUACUCGAUCGUGAUGCUCUUCCUCUACUUUGUCCCGAGCUCGGCGGUCCAGCGUCUGCGGCAGAUCCGCAGCUUCCUUGCGUUUGCCGGCGCGGACAAAGUGAGCCAAGUGACGUGCGUCCGCGCGAUGGUGUACUGCGGCACGCUCUUUCGGCACCAUGGCCUUGGUCUCGCGCCGGUGGUUGCGUGGUUCGUCGACGUAUGCCGUGCUGCAGCGGCAGAAGUGCGCGCCGCGCCGCUCGUCGAUGCCCCCUUUGCCGAGCGUCGGCAGGCACAUGCUCAAAAAGAGGCGGCACGCAUUCUUCUCGGUGUCGUGCGUGGUGUACAGCAUGUCGUGCAGCAUGCGUCGCUGGCCAAGCAGGCACCGGUCUACCCACCCCCCGAGCUGCUGCACGCCGCGUGGACCGACGAACUGCUGCAGACCAUUGCCGAUCCGUCCAUCGAGGCCGAGGUCGUGCAAGGCAUCCGCCUCUUUGUGCAGCAGCGUGCCGACGUACGCCCGAAAGAGGACGACGAGUUCGACGACGCCUUCCUGACCGACCCCGCGCUGGCAGCGCUGCUCGGCGAAGAAGCACCGCCGCCGCCGCCUGCAUGGGACGCAAGUCGCGACCGCCUUGUGGCGGAUGCACUGCAUGCGCGCAUUUCGCCCGCUCUCUUUGCGCGGCUUGCGCAUGCGCCGAGCGAGCGCGAGGUUGGCGGGAGCACGCCGCAUGCCCAGGUCGAGGCGCUGGUCGCGCACGCCGAGGCGGACGAGCGCCGUGCGAAGCUCGUCGAGUGCUGGGCGGCGUGUGCACAGGUCCUUGUGCAGAACGAGCUGCGGUCGUGGCACAGCUAUCUGACGCUCGGCGCCGAGUCGUGGCGUCGGAUUAGCGACGGCGUGCUGAAGCGUGACAUUGCGCUGCAAUUUGCCGUAUGUAUGGCGCGUCUCGAUCCCCGCGCAUUCCGGGAAGAAGCGUACGAAAUCGUCGGCAUUUGGUUCCAGAGCAUUGCGGCGCCCGCAGUAACACUGCAGCCGGUGCUCACUGCGCUGAUUGUCGAGAGCGGCGGGCUGGGUCUCUUUCGUGGCGUUGGCGCCAUUUGGCGGGGCGUCGAGGAUUCGCAGCCGAGUCCGUCGCACCCGAGCGCCGCGCCCCCGCCCAGUGCGACGCCGCAUCUGGGCGCGCCCCCGCCCAGUGCGACGCCGCAUCUGGGCGCGCCCCCGCCCAGUGCGACGCCGCAUCUGGGCACGCCCUUGUCGCUCUCGACGCCAUUACCCCCCCUGCCGCCCAAGACGUUUGCGAUGCGCCGUGCGGCGCUGCUGCGCUGCGUCCUGCACAACCUCAACACGUCGCUGGGCCCAGUGAUCUCGGCGGGCUAUGCGAUCCAGUGCGUCUCGGCGCUGCUCUCGUCGAUGCGCGCGUACGCCAGCACUGAUACCAAGCCGUAUCUACGCACGCUCCUCCCCCACCUCCACGGACUUUCUGCAGUGCUGCAGCGCGGUAUUGCAACCGAGCUGCAUGCGACGUCGGUUGUAUGUAACGAGUAG